CAUUUCUGAUGGUGAUCCAAGAGGCAGCCAUGACAUGACAUGACCACUUCGCACCAAGCAUUGUUGCUGGCAGCAGCCGUGCAUUAUGGCGCGCUCGUAGAGCAAUUUUCAGAUGUUCAUAUGGAUUUGUGAGACAUUAAGCUCAACCUGUUUCUCUUGAGCUGGGUAUGUGUUUCUUUCGCCGGUGAAGUCAAGCACCUGGAUCGUCGCGUAGGCAUUGUGAGGCGAGUUGUGCGUCCAACUGCUUGAGAAUUUGAUUCGUCAAGGCUGAAAUGUUUUCGCGAAGCUUAGGAUAAGCGGGCGAAUUGCGGAUAAACGCGAGAGUAGCAGGCGAAGUGGAUCAGGUGUUACUUUCGCGACGUGAUGGAUAGGCGACAUUCGGGAGCGCCGGUACAUCGCACGGGGUCCGACACCACUGCGCACCGCUCUGCACCAAGCGCCGACCUGCCGGUUCAUCGCACGGGAUCGUCGUCUGUCGCCAAGAAGAAGAAGCUCGUACAGACUCGUCCGAUCGCGUCGGGUGCAAGGUCCCCCGAGCCUGGCUCUCCGCGAGCCUCCUCCCCGAAGCAUGGCCCGGCUUCACCCAAGCCUCUCAUCCUGCACCCCUCAGGCAGAGCCGCACCUCCCUCAGUCCCCACCCACAUGAUCCCACUAGACAAGGAAGAGCAAUCCUCCCAUGUCCCGCCCCUAGAAUCCACCCCUCCUUCCGGCUCCCCCCGGUCCUCUGCUGGCUUCUGGGGGACUGAAGCGCACCAGCAGAGGCAUCAGCAGCAGAAGGCCGGUUCCACCUCUUCCUCUUCCUGGUUUACAAAGGAGGACGCUGACGACAUUCUUGGUGCUGCGGGGCUGUCAGGGGGGAAGAUUCCCUCGGGAAUUGCUGGAAUCGCGGCUGUAGCGGCUCAGCUCGCCCGCGCUGCUACAGCCGCGUCCCCCCCACGCCGGCCUCCAGGAGGGAGGGAAAGUGGUCCGGAAAGGGAAAGAUAUGACCCGGAAAAGCAGUACUUGAGUAAGCCUUCAGGGGGAUUGUCCGGGUUUAUUGAGAGGAAAUAUCAGACCCCACCAAAGCAACAGCAGCAGCAGCAGCAGAAGCAUGGAGGCGGCAUGGGGUUUGGAGGAACCGGAGCAAGCCCGGAGUUUGGUGUUCCGAAGCGAUCAGGUUCGGGAACUGGCCGAGCCUUGCUCGGUUUGGGAGUGUCUCCUGACCGUCCCUCCAGCUCCACCGGCCGACCCUCCAGCUCCGGUGGCCGAACCUCUGGUACAGGAGUGGGUGCUAGCAGCAGGAUUGCGUAUAAAGGGGCGGGUGGAUGGGGAGGGAGUGAGAAAGCGGAGGAGGAGGACGAAGGGUGGGGGGCAGAAGUGGAGACAGAUGAGUGGGAUAAAGGCAGCACGGAUGGGUGGGAGGGUCUAGGAGCUGCAAUCACAGUCAAAGCUCCCAAGCCUCUCACCAGCGGCACCAGUGUUGCAUGCAGUGCUGGUGUUACAGCAAGUGUUGCAGCACCAGGAGGGAAAGGUUCUGCUAUGGGUGUUACCAGGACUGCAUCAGUAGGCAGUGGUGGUGGCGGUGGUGGCAGCGGCGGCGGCGGUGGUGUUAGUGGUGGUGCGAGCGCUACUGGCGGUGCUGAUUUUGAUGACGACGAUGGUGGCAGCAGUGGAGGGUGGGAUAACUCAGACUGGGAGUCCUUAUCCCCUGUAGCUGGUGGUGGGCAUGCUUUGUCGUCUUCUACUGCCAGUGGGCAUUCCGCGUCCUCGUCUGGAGCACGACCAGCAGAGGACACGAGGGGGAGGAGAGGCAGGGGACUGGGAGUCGAUUCUUUAAACAGAAACCCUGGAGGCGAAAGGGGAGGGGGAGGGGGAGGAGGGGAUGGGGAGUGGAGGGGCAACAGAGGCGGAGUUGGGGUGAAGGGGGGAGGCGGGGGGAGCGGGGAUUGGGGGAACUGGGGCUCGUGGGACGGGGGGGAGACAAAGGCAGGGGGGAGGUCAAGCCCCUGGGAUGGUAAAUCCGGGGGAGUUGGGGGCGGAGGGGGCAGCUGGGGGGGGUGGGGAGGCUCACCCAGGGGCGGUGUUACUGUGCCAGGAGGGGCUGGGAGGGGGGGCAUGGGGGGCGGGGGGCUGGGGAGUGGGGGGAAGGGAGGGGUGGGUGUGCCCUUAUCCUCUAGAAAGAAGAGGCGGCGGGGGGUGAUUCUAUGCUGCCUGGUCAGUUCAGUCGUGAUGGUGGUGCUGCUGCUAAUGGUAGGAUUUAUAGGGGGUUUCUCGGUUCAAUCAAGGGUGAGGAAAGAAAGCAGCGGAACGGGCAGCAGCAGUGAGAUUGAUGUUCCUAGUGACGGCGUCAGCAGCAGCAGCAGUGGUGGUGGUGGGGGUAGUGGUGCCAGGGAUUCGUCUUCGGUUAUUGGAACCUUAUCCCCUGUUGUUCCAGAUAGUUCUUUAAGCGCGGGACUCGGGACACAGGGGCAAGGGCAGGUAUUAGACCCAAAGGAAGGCCAGUAUGGUGAAAGGGGCGGGCAAGGACAGGACGUGCAAGGAGGUGGCAUGAGAAGGGAAGGAGACGGGGAGCGGGAGGUUAAGGGAGAAAGCGGGGUAGAGAGGGGGGGACUUGGGGAGGCUGAUGCUGAGGAGGGUGGUACUGAGGAGGGGGAUAUUCGGGUGAGCGGGCGGGUUGGGGCUCGUGGAAGGGGGAGGGUUACUGGCAGGAUGAGACAGGAUGGGGUGCGGAGAGGGGAUGGGGCAGAAGUUUCUAGGAACGAUGCUGGUGUUGCUGGUGGUGUUGGUGCUCGUGGUGCUGAUGGUGUUGGUGUUGGUGUUGGUGGGGGUGUGAGAGGUGCUGGUGUUACUGCUGGCGUGGGCGGUGCUGGAGAAAGCCUGCCAGAGGACUCGUUAAGGGGUGACCCGGUAUUGGAGGCAGCAGCUAGGCUCGUGGGAAAGCGCACAAGGGCUGAAGACGAGGAGCUUGAUAGUGAAGCGGCAGGGGAGGAGGAGGUGGAAGGGGGGGGGCAGGUAGGGAGACAGGGGCAGAUGGAAAGAGAGGGGCAGGUGGGGACACAGGGGCAGGUGGAAAGAGAGGGGCAAGGAGAGAGGAGGGGAGACGGGCUGAGAAGGAGGGAGGGGGAGGCAGAGGGGGAGGAGGGGGAAAGGAAGCUUGAGGAGGGGAGGUUGGGGCAGUCUGAUAUUGAGAUGGCGCAGGAUGGGGGGGAGAUGCCGCGGGGUGAGGGCGAGGCGCAAGGGGAGGGGAGAGAGGCGGGAGGAGGCGAGGGGGGAGGAGACGAGGGGGGAGGAGACGAGAGGGGAGGAGACGAGAGGGGAGGAGACGACAAGGGAGGAGUGGAUGGGGAGGAUCUUCAGCAGCAGCAGCAGCUGAGAGAACGAGAGAUUGUGCAGCAAGGUGUUGCCGCCUCUGAUGAUCGUCCUCAGGGCGUGCCACUGCCCCUUAGUGCUGCUGGCGCUACAGGUCGUGGGACCGACAGGGGGUUUGCUGGUGCUGAUAGGGAGGGUGAGAGGGGGGGAAGGUGGGACCUGGGAAGGGAGAGGGCGAGUGAGAGGGGCCGAGGGGGGGAUAAUGAGGGAGAGGACGGGGUGGAGGUGGAUCAUGAGACGGAGGAUCGCCAUGUGAGGACCGGGGCUUUAAGGGACGAGGGGGAGGGGGAAGGGGAAGGGGAAGGGGAGGGGGAAGGGGAGGGGGAAGGAGGAGGACAGGAUUCGGAUGCUGUAGACAGAGGAGGGAGAGAGCCAGUAUCGGAUCGUACUGGCAUGGAAUCGGGUGCUGGAGGGAGGGAUGGGAGAGAGCAAGUGUCGUUUGAGUCGACUCAAAAGCAAGUGCUGGACCUUACGGGAGACUUUGACUCCAGAGGAGGCCAGGGAUCUCUGGAGCGAACGACGGGUGCAGCGAGAUUAGAAGCGGGCGGGAUGGGACAACAACCACAGGGCGGCACGGCAGGAGGAGCCUCAGACGCAGAGCGCAUGGGGGGUGUGAGUCUGGGAGGAUCAGGAUUGGUAAGAGGGGCUGCUGCCGGAGUGGCAGGAGCAGGAGGCGUACGUGGUGUGGAAGGAGAAGGGGUUGGGAGUGUGGGCAUGGCAAAUGUAGGGACGAGAGAUGCAGGGAUGGGGGAUGCAGGGAUGAGGGAUGCAAGGGUGAGAGAGGGAGAAGGCGAGAGCAAGAGCCAUGAGGAGGAUGAUGAGGUGCUCCGGGGACUGGGAGGAGUGGAAGGGGAGGAAGAGACUGUGGCAGGUGGUGGCGCUACUGCUGCUGUUCGCACUGCUGCUACUGCUACUGACAUUGAUACUGAUGUUGGUACUGACGUUGGGCUAUCUCGUAGUGCUGGUUCUAUGGGAGAGCGGGUAGAGGAGAGGAGGGGGGUGAUUGAAGGAGGAAGGGCAGGAGGCGGAGAGGUGCAGGGAACGGAAGCAGUGGAGGAGGACGUGGAGGGGGAGGUAGAGCAGAGGGCAGCAGGGGAAGAUGGAAAGGAAGAGGAGGAGAGGGAGAGGGAGGGCGAGGGAGCAGGGGACGGUGUGGGAGAAGGAGAGGAGGAUGGGGAUAGAGAGGCGGAUGGGGAUGUGGAAGGAGAGGGGGAUGGGGAAGCGGGCAUGGGGAUGGGAGGGGAGGGUGAUUUGGAUGGGGGGAUGGAGGGUGAGAUGAGGGCGGCCAAGAGAGUGCAUAGGAGGAGGAAGAGGAGGACAGGAGGGUCUUUUGCUGGUAGCCAGGAUAUCAAUAGGGGCAGUAGCAGCAGCAGCACCAGCAGUGGCAGCAGCAGCGGCAGGAGCGGCGGCAGGAGCAGUGGCAGCAGCAGUGGAGCCACUACCCUCAACCUGGUUAGCAACAGUGGUCGUAGUGCUGGUUCGAUCAGGCAGGAAGGCUCAUCUGACGGAGCCACGGUUCCAGGUAGUGGUGCUCGAGAGAGAGCAGGCCAGCAGCUGCAGCAGCCUCGGUUUGAGAUGGUUCAAGGUGCUCAAGAGAGGGUUGGUGCACCGCAGCAGCCGCGUUUUGAGACGGCUCAAGAGGGACGGGGGAGGGUAGGUGGGGGGCAACAGCCGGGGCAGUUGCUGCAGCCACAGCAAGCGCGAGGGGUGGACGGGUCUCAGGUGGUGGGCCAAACAGGAGAGGAUAGACUGCCUCAGCAGACAACGCAGCAGAUGACACUGCUGGGGCAACAGCAAAGGGCACAGCAGAUGACACAGCAGAUGACACCACAGAUGACACCGCAGAUGACACAGCAUGUGCAACAGGAGCAGGCCGUGCGCCAACAGCAGGAAAAGCCCAAGUCGGGUUCAGGCUCAGUUUCAGGUUCAGGUUCAGGUUCAGGUUCAGGUUCAGGUUCAGGUUCAGUUUCAGGUUCAGUUUCAGGCUUAGAUUCAGGUUUGACUUCAGACCCGAUUCUUGGGCUUGAUGAGGCUGAGAAGCUGUUGAGGGAUGUGCCUCUCUCUGGUGACGUGGCAGGGGAUAAGUCCUCGUCAUCACUUCCUGCGUCCACCUCAGCCGUAAUCACAUCCACAUCAGCAGCGUCCACCUCACUUCAAUCGCACUCGCAGCAACAGAAUAUGCCAUAUUUGACUAAAUCGACCUCUUCACUCCGUGUUGGCGCUCCUGCUGUUGUCACCCCUGCUACUGUCACAGCUACCCCUGCUUCAGCUGCUACCAACAAAAGCGGUUCUCCCAGCAAUAUGAUUACCAGAUCUGUUACACCUCCCACAACUGUUACAAGCACUGCUACUCCCUCCACAACCGGUGCUUCUACUGCUGCAGUAGCAGCAGCAGGAACAGGAGAAGGAGCAGCAGGAGCAGGAGCAGCAGGAGCAGGAGCAGGAGCAGCAGGAGCAGGUGCAGCAGGAGCAGGAGCAGGAGCAGCAGGAGCAGGUGCAGCAGGAGCAGGAGCAGCAAGAGCAGGUGCAGCAGGAACGGGAGGUGUGGGUGCAGGAAACACAGCUUCUCGUGCUGCACCCUCUCAGGAUCUGCCUCAACAGCCAGUCUCCAGACCUGUCGUUCUAGAUUAUGCAGGUUUGGGAGCUAUUGAAGAGCUGCGGCGAAGUCCUGCUGUAACUUCAGGCUCGGUGGGAGGUUCGGCAGGGAGCGGAGGCUCGGCAGGGAGUGGAGGUUUGGCAGGAGUAAGUGAUUCGUUUGCAGGGGAAGCUGCUGCAGGAACAGCAGCCGAAGGAGCAGCAGGAGUAGUAAGAGGAGUAGCAGCAGGAGGAGCAGCAGCAGGAGGAGGAGCGACUGGGGCAUUAGCAAGGGGAGCAACAGCCAGAGCAACAGGAGCAGCAGGAGGAGGAGCAGGAGGAGGAGCAGCAGGAGGAGCAGGAGGAGCAGGAGGAGGAGCAGGGGGAGCAGCCACCAUGCUCCGAGGAGCGGGUGCCACAUCAGCAUUAACAGCCAAGUCGGCAGCAUUAAACCCAACAGCAGUAAUCGCACCACCAGCAUCAACAGCAUCAGGAACACCACAACCAGCAACACUAUCACCGUCAGUCGCAACAUCUGUAGCAAAGCCAGCACCUACCACUCCCGCAGCUGUAACAAAGCCAGCACCUGCCACCCCUGCAGCUGUAGCAAAGCCAACCCUCCCUUCUGCAACCCUAACUCCAGCCUCAGCUGCUGAUGCAGCCAAAGUUCCUGCAAAAGCAGCUGCUGCAGGGGCAGCCAACGUGCCAGCAACCCCUGUAGUAGCAAUUGCUGGCAUGGCCACGUCUAGUCCAACAACACCAGCAACAUCUAGUCCCACCACAGGGAUUUCCACAGGCACAUCUACUCCCACCGCUCCAGCAAUCUCCAAAGCCGACAGCGAAGCCUUGGCAAAGCUAAUGCAAGGGAAGCCAGGUUCGGCAGCUGGAGGUUCGGCACCAGCCAGCCCAGCAACCUCGGCCAGACCAGCUGCACUUCCUUCACCAGCAGCAGCAACCUCAGCUCCAACCAAGAUCGUGCCCCCUGCUGCUGCGGUCGCAACGCCUCAGCAGCAGCUGCAGCAGCAACAGCAGGAGGAAAAGCAGGCAAAGGCUGCUGCUGCAACUCAGGCCAAGCCACUCCCUGGCACUCAGCCAGCAGGCAAGCCACAAACCCCUCAAGCUACUGGUGCUGCUGCUGGUGGUGCUGGUGGUGCUGGUGGUGCUGCUGUCGCUGUUGCAAGCCCAGCCAAACCAGCAGCCGGUGCAGCAGGUGGUGCUGGUGCUGGUAGUCCUGGUGGUACUGCUGCUUCUGGUGGGUCUGCCACUGCUGUUGGUGCUGGUGUUGCUGCUGCGUCUACCAAACCUGGAAAUGCAGCUGCAUCAGGUGCCAAGCCUGUUACCCCUGCACAGGUUGCAUCCACGCAAGUCACUCCCACAACGGGUGCUGCUGCUGGAAGCUCAAUUGCCAAAGUGGCUGCUGGCAGUGCUGCUAAAGCCAGUUCGGUUGAGAGUGGUCAAGUUGGUGGAGUGACGAGCAGUGUUAUGCAACAAGUAACAAGAGAAUCUAGUGCGGCAUAGCAAAUUUGAAUUGAGAUACAGUCAUUAUCUCUGUGGUUAUCGGUGGUGGAGAUAACUCGCUUGUUUUAGGCAUGUUACAAUUUUUUUUGUUGGAGUCUAUCUUUGUUGAAUGUAUGAAUAUUGUAAGCAAUA